AUGGCAGCAGAGACGAUGAUGUCCAAGAAAGAGCAAUUGACUCUGCAGCUGGAUUCGACGCUAACGCAAGUGCCCGAAGGAUGUGGACGUCGGAUGUGGUUGUUUAUGGGAGUUUACUGGAAGACACUCCUGGUACUGCUAGUGCCUUGCCUCGCCGGGACAGUGUUCCUGGUCGACACCUCACCGCCGUUCCGGUGUAUGUACAUCGUGAUGGUGAUGGGAGUGUUUUGGAUCACUGAAGCAUUACCGCUACCGAUCACCUCCAUGCUUCCGAUCGUGUUAUUCCCAAUGAUGGGCAUCCUGGACACGAACAGGACGUGCAUGAUGUACAUGAAGGACACGAUGCUGAUGUUCAUCGGAGGCAUCGUGAUGGCACUGGCAGUGGAGUACUGUAACCUUCACAAGCGCGUUGCCUUGAAGGUGAUCUCCGUGAUCGGGUGUAGCCAGCGGAGGCUUACUUUCGGACUUACCGUGGUGACAAUGUUUGUAUCGAUGUGGAUCUCCAACACGGCCACCGUUGCCAUGAUGUGUCCGAUCGUACAGGCAGUGUUGGAGGAGCUAGAAGCGCAAGGACUUUGCCAAAUCAACGAAAAACCAAAGUCGGUCGAGGGCCCCGCGAGUGAGGAUGAAGAACUUCCCCGACCUACAAAGGUAACUAUGUGCUACUACAUCGGCACGGCCUAUGCGGCAACGUGUGGUGGUGUUGGAACGAUCGUGGGUUCUGGUGUGAAUCUCACUCUGAAGGGUAUUUACGAGAGUCGUUUCCCUGAUGCGCCAACCAUCGAUUUUCCAUCGUUUAUGUUCUACAACGUACCCGGCAUGCUGAUAUUCACCUUUCUCACCUGGGUUUGGCUGCAGUUUCUCUUCAUGGGCAUGUUUAGACCCGACUGUGAAGAUGCCCGUGCUGCCAACAUAGGCCCUGAAGGCGAAGCCGUUGCAAAGCGAGUGAUCGAGAAUCGGUACCGCGAACUGGGACCGAUGAGUUCCCACGAGCUCGCUGUGGCGUUUUUCUUCGUCCUUUCGGUCGUGCUGUAUUUUACCCGCGAACCAGGCUUCAUGACGGGAUGGGCAGAUCUCAUACCGGAUGCCAAAAUCAAAGACGCAACUCCCGCCAUUUUCGUCGUGAUCAUGAUGUUCAUUGUACCGGCCGACUGGAACUGUUUGUCGUUCUUUCACAAAAGUGGCGGGCGCCUACCGAAACGAGCCUCACCGGGUCUUAUUACGUGGCGGUUUAUUAACCAAAAAACACCCUGGAGCCUGCUGUUCCUGUUGGGCGGUGGGUUCGCCUUGGCUGAAGGUGGUCGCACUUCCGGAAUGUCGGCCUUGCUAGGACAAUCGCUGGCUGGGCUGAAGGUUUUACCACCGCUGUUGCUCCUGUUCGUGCUGUGCGUCGUUGGUGAAUUUCUUACCGAGUUCACCUCGAACGUGGCCAUCUGUAAUGUGUUGUUGCCCGUGCUGGCGGAAGUGGCGCUCGCGAUUGAAAUUCAUCCCCUGUAUCUGAUGUUUCCGGUAGCGAUGGUAUGCAGCUUUUCGUUCCACCUACCGGUCGGUACACCGCCGAACGCCAUCGUUGCCGGGGUGGGCAACAUUCGCAUCAAGGAUAUGGCCGUCGCCGGUAUUGGGCCGUCCAUCUUUACGCUGCUUGUCAGCUGGGCCAGUUUUCCGACGUGGGGCAGCAUUAUCUAUCCGGAGCUAGCGACCUUCCCCGACUGGGCACGGCCCUUAAACGAGACGGCACUGUAA